CGUGCACGCCCGGGGCCGUGCGGGCCGAGGGCCGGGGGCUGCAGCCCAAGGGGCUCCGCGUGAACGAGGUCGCCGAUUUCAAGGUGCACACCAAGGGCGGCGGCAGCGGCGACCUCAAGGUCACCGUCAAGGGACCCAAGGGUCUCGAGGCCGUGAAGCAGAAGGAUCUGGGGGACGGAACCUUUGGGGUCGAGUAUUUCCCCACCGUGCCCGGGAAUUACUCGGUGGCCGUGACCUGGGGCGGGCAGCACGUGCCCCGCAGGUACUGGGAGGAACUGGGG